AGCAGGGAGGAGGGGGCGCGGCCGGGCGCCGCGGAGCGCACAUUCCUCCGCCGCGCGCGCCCUCGAGAGCCGCUCCGCGUCCCCCGGUCCGCGCGUGGCCGGCAGAGCGACCGGGGCCCGGCGCCGGCCCCGCCCCGCCCCGCGCUCAGGGGUCCCGGGGCGGGCUCCGGGCUUCUGGCGGACGAUGAGGCGGCGCGGCCGGAGCGGCGGCGGGAAGCGGAGGCGGAGGUGACACGCUAGGGCCGGCGGGCCGGGCCAUGCAGCGCUCCCGGGCGGCCGCGGACGAGGCGGCCCUGCUCCUGGCUGGGCUGGCCCUGCGGGAACCGGGGCCGGAAGGCGACUCCCCGGGCCGGCGUCGACGAGGGGCCCGUUCUGGGCCGGGAGACGAGGCGGCGCCGGCGCUGGGCCGCAGAGGCAAGGGCGGCGGCGGCGGCCCCGAGGCCGGGGUGGACGGACCGAGCCGCGCGGAGAGAGGCCCGCGGCGCGCGGCCGUCCCCGAGCUCAGCGCGCAGCCGGCUGGCAGUCCGCGGGCUAGCCUGGCGGGCUCUGAUGGCGGCAGCGCCCGCUCCAGCGGCAUCAGCCUGGGCUAUGACCAGCGCCACGGCAGCCCGCGCUCCGGGCGCUCUGACCCACGUCCCGGGCCCGGCCCCCCGUCAGUGGGCAGCGCCCGGUCCAGCGUGUCCAGCCUGGGUUCCCGCGGCUCGGUGGGCGCCUACGCCGACCUACCGGGCACCUGCCCCGCGCCGGCCCGCUCUCCGGAGCCCGCAGGGCCAGCCCCUUUCCUGCUGCCUUCGCUGCAGCUUCCCCCAGCCCGGGAAGGCGGACCGAGCGCGGCCGAGCGGCGCCUGGAUACACUUACCUGGGAGCUGGAGCGGGCGCUGGAGGCGCGUACGGCGCGAGACUAUUUCGGUAUUUGCAUCAAGUGUGGGCUUGGCAUCUAUGGUGCAAGGCAAGCGUGCCAGGCAAUGGGGAGCCUGUAUCACACUGACUGCUUCAUCUGUGACUCCUGCGGGAGACGGCUCCGUGGGAAGGCCUUCUAUAACGUGGGCGAGAAAGUGUACUGCCAGGAGGACUUCCUGUACUCCGGGUUCCAGCAGACGGCUGACAAGUGCAGUGUGUGUGGACACCUCAUCAUGGAGAUGAUCCUUCAGGCUCUGGGCAAAUCCUACCACCCGGGCUGCUUCCGGUGCUCCGUGUGCAAUGAGUGCCUGGAUGGGGUGCCCUUCACGGUGGACGUGGAGAACAACAUCUACUGUGUCCGAGACUACCACACGGUGUUUGCACCAAAAUGUGCCUCUUGUGCUCGUCCUAUCCUCCCUGCACAGGGCUGUGAGAUGACCAUCCGUGUGGUGUCCAUGGACAGAGACUACCACGUGGAGUGUUACCACUGUGAGGACUGUGGGCUGCAGCUGAGCGGGGAAGACGGAAGCCGCUGCUACCCCCUGGAGGGCCACCUGCUGUGCCGCUGCUGCCACCUGCGGCGCCUUGGGCCAGGCCCGCUUCCCUCGCCUGCUGUGCGAGUCACUGAGCUCUGAGCAGCGUUGGGUGGGGGACAGGGGAGUGGGGAGAGGGCCAGGUGUGUAAGGUUUUGUCAGCUCUACCCCCGCCCCUCGCACACUUCCCACCGAGCUGCUGUCACGUCCUGUCUGCCGGGCCGGAUCCCCGCGUUGAAGCUAUUUCUAUUUAUUUACCUCUGUGCCUCAAGCCAUCCCGCCCCAGCCUACUGCCCCCCAUCAGCCCCUUCACUGGCUUUUGGUUCAGUCCCGAGACCCUCCAAGGCCCUUGCCCUUCCCAGACAGGGUGUGGCAGGAAAGCGGGGCGGCUUGGUGGAGGGUGCCUUGGGUGUGGGUGUUUCAGCAGAACCAGUGCCUUGCCCGCUGGUGGGUAUGAAGGGCGCCUUGUUUGCGUGGGGCCACAGAGCGGGUGAGAGAUGACACCCUCGGGGGACACUGCGGAGUGUGGCCGUGGCGACUUUGAAGGGUGUUUCCAGCCACGUUUCCCGUUCCCUGCUCUUGGUUUGGGGAUUGCCUUUCCUGCCAUCCUCAGCCGGUGGAAGAGACCGCCUUGCGCAGAAUGCCAAGCUGCAGGUGUCGCUGAAGAGGGACCGCGAGGGGGCGCCCUGCCCGCCUUGCCGGGAAGUGACCUGUGCGCUGUGCAUCAGACUCCAUGACAAAAGAAAUGAUUUGACUUAAAUUAAGUUUUUCCUUUGAGGAUAUUUUCAUUUUCUUUAAAAGAAUAUAGUUUUAUUAUAAGA